CAAUGACUGAAGCAGACACAAACAAACAGAGAGAGGGAGGGAGUUAGAGAGAGAGAGCGAGCGAGCGAAAGAGAGAGAGAGAGACUUGGUUGCACGUUUGAGGCGCACAUAGGAGUGCGUAAAACGGCUGUGGGACGCGUAGGAAACAACACUCGUGAUUGUAUGCUGAGUUUUCUUUUGGGGAUUUUUUUCCGACUGCGGGAAGCAGUUUUAUUAAAGGGAGAGCGAAAGAGAGGGAGAGGGCAAGCUAUUUGAGUCUUUUCUUUUUGAAUGGGCCGCACCGGGAAGGAAAGCUGCUCCUUGUCCGGGGGAAGCUGUCUGACUGGCGGCGUGGAAAUGCUCAGCUCGGAAGAAGAGUGAACGAGACGCCUUGAAACGAGUAAAGCGAUUCUUUCCCAAAGUUUUUAGCCUUUGUUUUUCACAUACACCCCCGCACCCCCCCACCCCCUCCCAAAAAAAAAUAAAGAAGAAAAAGAUGGAGGUUAGCAGCUUCCAGCCUCACCCCGGACUUCAGCAAACUCUGAAGCAGUUCCAUCUGAGCUCCAUGCGCUCCCUCAGCGGACCGGCAGCGUUCUCCGCCCGGUGGCACCACCAGGAGUCUCUGUUCAAGGACGCCAAAACCGAGAUGGUACUAAGCCUCCCGCCCCACACUCCCCCGGUUAUGUCCGGGCCGCUCUUCAUCCCGUCGGACCGCUCCACGGAGCGUUGCGAGACACUCCUGGAGCGCGAACCCAUCUCUUGCUUCGUGGUGGGCGGCGAGAAGCGCCUGUGCCUACCGCAGAUUCUCAAUAGCGUGCUGCGGGACUUUUCCCUGCAGCAGAUCAACUCUGUGUGCGACGAUUUGCACAUUUACUGCUCGCGUUGCACUGCCGACCAGCUGGAGAUCCUCAAGGUGGUGGGCAUCCUGCCCUUCUCGGCGCCCUCCUGCGGCCUCAUCACGCAGACGGACGCCGAGCGCCUGUGCAACGCACUCAUCUACGGCGGGUCGUACCCGCCGCGCCGCGGCGGAGGAAGCAAGGAGCGCGGUGGCGGAGGAGGAGGCGGUGGCGGCGGCGGAGGCGGCGUCGGCGUCCUUCUGGAGCUGGAGCGCACCGAGGCCAGCUUCCGGGUAUACCACGAGUGCUUCGGCCGAUGCAAGGGCUUGUUCGUGCCGGAGCUCUACUCUGGCCCCGGAGCCGCCUGCGUGCAAUGCCUCGAUUGCAGGCUCAUGUUCCCGCCGCGGAAGUUCGUGGUGCACAGCCACAAGCGGCUGGAGAACCGGACCGUGCACUGGGGCUUCGACUCGGCCAACUGGAGGGCCUACGUGCUCCUGGACCCGGACUACAGCGGCAAAGAGGAGAAGGCGAACCUGGAGAGGCUGCUCAGGGACUUAAAGGGGAAAUAUGACUUGAGCGGCAAGAUGGCCAGGAAGUCGUGCAGAUCGCCAAGCCCCAUCAUAGCCAAGCGGCCCAAACUGGAAAAAUUGCCAUCUCCAUCAGCUGACGACGAACACAAAACCGAGUGGCUGCAGUCAUUGUCCAAGUCUAGACACAAGGACCUGAAACAAAUCCAGCUCAAGCAGAGACCUUCGGCGUUCCGGCCUUGGUCUCCAAAAGGAUCAGCUCGGGAGAAACCAGCAACUCAAUGUGAGCCGCAGAGUUCCACUUUAAAGAGUCAGGAGACUUUGACACACGCUCCUUCAACCCCUCUGGUGCAUCCGGGGGACAGCCAUGCUCCUGCCAGCUGCACACCAAACAUCCAAGAACUGCAGAAUGGCGACACGCAGCCCGCAGCACCGCACCUCGAUGACAUAGACACGGACAGGGAGAUCAAUGUGGAUGACUAUGAUGAUCGUCCACUGCGGGUAUCCGCCCUGGCUUCACCCCCCUCAGCCUGCAGCAGCGCCCUUCAAACUUUGACCCCCCAGGCUAGAGAAACCUAUCUGCCUCAGGAGGCGUCGACCUGGCUGUCAGGGCCCGUCUGCCCCGAGAUGGACGCUCUGAGACAGACACUCUACGCUGGUGUGGAAACUAAAGAGGAUCGAGAGAAAUUCCUGCAGGAGGUGGUCAAGAUGAGGCUGAAGCAAGAGGAGAAGCUGGCAGCCGCCGUACAGGCUAAACGCAACCUUCAGCAGGAGUUGGAGUUUGUGAAGGUGGCCAAGAAAGGCCGCCUCCGUGAGGCCGUGGAGGCCAAGAGGAACCUGCGCAAGGAGAUUGAACGCCUCCGCGUGGAUUGGGAGAGGAAGUCCAGAGAGGCGGAGGAGGUGUGCGGCCGGCUCAAGGGGGAACUGGAGCACAAGAGACAGCAGCGAGGCUGCGACAAAGGAUGCGAGGCCGAGCGACUCCGUGUCAAAUACUCCGCCCAGAUCGACGAGCUGCACUCUGAGCUCCAGCAGGCCGAAGCAGACCGUGAGCAGCUGCGACGGGAGCUGCAGCAGGAACGCGAGGCACGGCAGAGCCUGGAGAACGUGGUCCGAGACUUGCAGUCCCAGCUGGCGGCGGCGCAGGACACGACGCCACACAGCCCUCAGACCUAAAGUACAGCCAAGAAAAGACACAUUCAAAAAAAAAAAAGGACUAUUAUGUAUGUAUGAUGAAUCCAUAGGAUGGUGAGUCUUUAGGAAAUGAAAACUGGAUGAGGAAGCAUCAGUUAUGAGGAAGCAGUGAUUCUCCAUCAGUGACUGUUUUUGCUAUAAGCUAAUUGGAGAGAGGCCACAUCUCACUUACUUGAAAAUGAAGGGAAUGGUCACACAGUCAACUAUGGUGCCACAAAAGUAUUGGUACACUCUUAGGUGUCUCUGCAGACCACUGGACCCAAGAGACGCCUGUUUACCACUAUUCACUUUUAAUAUCAAUUUGAUUUUAUAUAUAUAUAUAUAUAUAUAUAUAUAUAUAUAAUGUAACAUUAUACAUCUAUGACUAGAACAGUGUAGCGGGUGUACUGUUAAUGAUAUAUUGCUUGUUUAUUCCAUAGUCAAGAAAAGCAACCACAUACCAAUGUGUACACAUUAAAAUCUGAAGUAUUGGAUGGGAUAUACAGUAUAGACAGAGAUAUGUGUAUAUAUAUAUAUAUAUAUAUAUAUAUAUAUAUAUAUAUAUAUAUAUAUAUAUAUAUAUAUAUAUAUAUAAUAUGUGUGUGUGUGUGUGAUUGUGAAUAUCUUCUUGUACAUUCUUAUUUUUCAAAAUAUGCUCUUCUAUCAGCAAAUAACGCUCUCCUAAAAGACACACAAAAAAUGAGAAACAGCUGUGUUGCUUUUGUUGGAAUGUGGUACUUCUGUUUGUUUUGUAUUUAGUACUGUAAUUACCUUUUUGAGUUCAUUUGAAAGCAUUCUUUUUAGGGCUCUUAAAUCAACAAAUAGCGUUUAUAAGAACAGCAUUUCUACAUAUAUAAAAUGCAAAAUGAGCAUAUAUUUUUUUACUUUAGAAAAAAAAAAACAGGGAAUUGCACUUUUUAAACAACCUCACAUUGCACCCCGUUAUUACAUGAUUCAAACAAGUUCAAAUGAAACACUCUUUCCCUCAGUAUGCUCUGAUGUAAAUACAAAGGAUAUUGUAAAUAAGAUUUUGUUGCUGGCUCCUGAAUUUUAUUUUGUUUUGCUCUUGCUUGAAACCAAAAACAGACUAUAUUUGGAUUUUCCAAGCCGAGUAUGACACGAGCGGGGCAUAUAUAGGGGGGCAUAUAUCAGACUUUUGGAUGAAACCCAUUGGAAUAAGUUCCCUUUGAUUGUCUACUUGAGAGAAAUAGAGUAUAUAAAAUCUAUCUAUCAUAUAUAUAUAUAUAUAUAUAUAUAUAUAUAUAUAUAUGUAUGUAUGUAUAUAUAUGUGUGUGUGUAUGUGUACACACAUACACGCCAGUGACCAAAAAAACUGAAACACAACUGAAAUGUCUGUAUACCUGCCACUCGGUUUAAGAGUAGAAACCAGGCCUUCUUUUGGUGUUCUCACCUAGUUUAGACAAGAAACAUGUACGUGUAUGUCUUAUCAUCAUGUUACCCUGACUCAGUAUUAGUUGGGUACAGUGUUAUAUAGCACUCACAGCUUUCUGACUGUAGCUCAUGCUAUUGUAGUUUUGGUUUGGAUGUAGGCUUUCAUUUGUUUUCUUCUUUUUGCACCCCCCCCCCCCCCCUUCGGAAAACGUGUAUAAUACCGGUACCAAUUAAAAAUAUCAAGUCAAUCAAA